AUGUUCUCUUCCUCGUUUGCGGAAAAGGUCUUCGAGAGGGCGACCGAGCCGGGCAGGAUUCUAAUGGCAAGAGGCGCAGACAUGAUUUUUAAUAUCCCAAUUCCGGGAAUUCUCGUCGGAUUUCCUCUUAUAUUCGCUGGGGCAAUGGUUGAAGCGGUGGGAAGGGGUGUGGCUGUUGGGGUGCUCAUCGCUUCUCCGUUGGUUAAUUGGGCCCUUGGACCCGGUGAAGCGACAUCCACACUACUCGACCCAGAGUUGAUCAACAAUGAGCGUCGAAAAGAGAAUUUUCAGAAAGGGCGGAUCCAUAUCGCCAUCUGCGGCCAAACCGGAAGUGGAAAGUCAUCCAUUAUCAACGCACUCCUUGGCAUCCAGAACAGCCAAGUUGGGGCGGCACGAGUUGGGACCACGGAAACGACAAUAAGUCGAGCAACAUAUCCUGCCCAUGAAAGCUUCUCAUCAGUCACUCUUCACGAUAUCCCCGGAGCCGGCACCAGACGUACACCAGCAGAGAACUACUACGACAACCAGAAACUGUUUCUGUUCGAUCUACUCCUGGUAGUCCAUUCAGGCAGGUUGGGUCAGGUCGAUAUCGAAAUUGUCAAAAACUGUGUUCGCAUCCAGCAGCCUUUCCUUAUCAUCAGAUCGAAGUCCGAUAUAUCAAUCAGUAGUAUUGUUAAUGAUACUGACCUCGACCAAGAAGCUGCCAAGGCGCAGCAUAUGAAAACAUCUCUUGCUGCAUUAAGAACCGAGUUUAGCGAAGCCGGUGUUCCUGAAGACAGUAUCAAAGACAUAGUCAAUCACUGCAUUCUGAUCAAUAACCAAGCUCUCAGGAAAUGUGUACUAGGGCAAGGAGAUUCUGUAAUCAACGAGUUAGAAUUGGUCCGCUUUCUCACUACGUUCAUCGCUAGUUUCCAACAAGGCUGGAUGCAGGGACGGUAUUGGCUCAGGCAACUCGACAACGGCAGGUACUGUAAUGAGCAGUAUAUUGGCCAUCUCGAACUGAAGGAAGAUAUGGCGGUGAUAGUGACUUACGCACAGAUCUUGCUGAUCCGAUCGAAGCCCCUCACCAGUGAAUGGGGGUUGCCGCUCAAGACUAUUAAGCAAAUUGCGAAGGAGCGCACAGGUAUUAGCAUAACGCUGAGAGGAGGCGCGAAUGGACCCUCCAUAACGGUUGAAGACGGCAAUCAACGCAAUUUCUUGUAUCAAAUUCUUUUCGUGGCAGUGACGGAGUUUAACAGGAGGCUCAGAGGAGACUAG